UUCAUCAGCUGCGAUCCAAAAAUCAUUGAAAUAUUUCAUUCAGUGCGGUUUUACGGUUUAGCUACGCCUGGUGUGAGCUCUAUACGCGUUCAUAUUUACGUAUUUACAAUUAAUUGUGUACUAGUUGAAGUGGAAUAGAUUUGUUUUUAUGCAAAAUGCACUUCAUUCAGUUGUAUAUAUUACUGCGCUUCAUCAACUUUUGUGUCUGUCCAAGCGUCUACAAUUACAAUGGCGGUUAUAUACAACAACAACAGAGGCCGAUCUAUGGAUAUAAGGAACUUAAUACGUUGUAUGAAGCGAGAAACUUGGAAUUCGGCUUUCCCAGUGAAGCGGAGCGACAGGCAACCUUACGCGACGGGCGCUACAACCCAGAUACUGUGCUACCGAUUGAUGUAGAUGUCUUUUAUACGCCCCCCAAUGGUUCGCCGAUUAUUUUCGUCACAAUACCGCGUUUCGGUAAAGGUGUGCCAUAUUCGUUGGCCUAUUUGACGAAUGUGCAACGGUAUAAUGGCACAGAGCUGCAACCGUAUCCCAGUUAUGACUGGCAUUGGUCUCAUGGCAGGGACUGUAAUGGACUCACCUCAGUUUGUCGCGUGCUUAUCGAUCCCUGUGGUCGCAUGUGGAUACUCGACAGUGGUGAGAUUGACAACGAGCAAUUCUGUCCACCGCAAAUCGUUGCUAUCGAUGUGGCUACAUCUCGUGUGCUGCAUCGCUAUCAUUUACCAUCGGAAAUGUACAAAAGCACCGUUAGUCGUUUUGUUACACCUUUGGUGGAUAUUACGGAUCCACCACCACGCGGUGAAUGCCGACAAACCUUCGUUUAUAUGGCCGAUGCCACCGGUUUUGGUAUUGUGGUUUAUGAUGUGCAGAAUGCGCGUUCGUGGCGCAUAGAAAACAAAUACACCUAUCCAGAUCCGGAUUUCAGCACACAUACAAUAGCUGGUGAAAGCUUUGAACUUUUAGAGGGUGCAAUCGGUCUCUCUGUAACGCCUUUGGGUUUGGGUGUAAGACGUUCACUCUACUUCCACUCCUUUUCAAAUGAUGCUCAAGUGGCGAUUCCAUUGGAUGUUAUUAACAACAGCACUCUCUGGGACUUUGGUUUAGGCUCCGCUAUAGACCAGUUCAGUUUGCUUGGUAAGCGUGGCGUGCAGUGUGCGGCAUCAGCGAUGACCUCCAGUGGUGUACUCUUGUGUGGCCAUUAUGAGCCUAUUGGACUAUUCGGCUGGAAUAUACGCACACCAUAUACGUUCCAAAAUCGUUUCUUGCUGGCUGAGAAUCCCGUUAAACUGCAAUUUGUAAGCGGUCUGAAGGUGAUAACAAAUCCCUGGGGGAAGGAAGAGGUCUGGAUGCUAUCGAAUCGUGUGCAAAAGGCUUUCACUGGUAAAAUCAAUUUCAAUGAGAUAAACUAUCGCAUAAUGCGGUGCGGCGUUGAUGAGUUGCUGCAAGGAGGACCCUGUUGAUAGUCAGGGUGAUAUUUUAAGUUAGAUAAGGUUGUGUAAACGUAAUAUAACUAAAUAUUUGUUUUAGAAAUAAAGUGAUAAA